AACUUCAAGGAUUGCCUAUGAGGCUAUACAUAUAACUCCUCCACUAGAAAGCCGAGAAACCAUAUGCUCUUGGCAACAUAAACCUGCAGUAGUGCAGUUGGGUAAACCAGCCAACCUAUUCUUCAUUGCUCACAUCCAAACUACACAUCUUAACCAACAUGAGAAAGAUCAACAGCAAGAUCCCAGCAAAGGAUACCUUAUCUGGUCCCCUCCACAACCAUAACGAUAACCAAGUUUUCAUCAAUUUCCGGGGAGAGGAGCUACGCUGCAGCUUCGUGAGCCACCUUGUUGACGCUUUCAAAAGACAACGAAUCAACUUCUUCAUAGACAAAGAUGAACAGAAGGGGAAAGACCGGAGACAUCUCUUCGCAAGGAUCAAACAGUCGAGGAUAGCUCUGACUAUAUUCUCAAAAAGGUACGCAGAGUCACGCUGGUGCCUGAACGAGCUAGCGAAAAUAAAGAAAAGAGCCGAUAAACGCAAACUACAGGUGAUACCCAUCUUCUUCAAGGUGAAAGCGGCAUCUGUGAGAUACCAAAAGGCUGAGUUCGGUCGCAAUUUCUGGAGGUUAGCUAAGACUUCAAGUGGGGAACAAAUCAAGAAAUGGAAGGAAGCUUUAGAGUCUGUUUCUGACAAAAUGGGCUUGUCCUUAGGCGGCAAAAGGUACCUUACUGAUCAUCCUUAAAAUGCUACGGCAAUUAUAAGGUUUCUUCGUCGUUUUCCCUCAUGCCCCUCUG